AUGGGUGAUGAGAAAGAGCAUGGAGUCAAUGCAGUUUUCGGAUCUAAUGUAAGUAUUUACAAUAUCGUCAUAAAUUAUUGACAUUUUAGUACCUCAAGUACAACAGAAAAUCGAAAAUAUUUCCUCUCUAUGGAUUUAAAGUUGAAGUGAAGGUGAAAUAUGGAGACUUCAUAGUGAACUCGGCCAUCCCUCCUAUCCGUAUUCCAAUAAAACUCGUUACUAUAAACAAAAUAGAAGUCACCGAAGGCAGAAGUUCGUUGACGGUGGCGGGGAGAGGAUUCAACUUGACCUUGUUCACUAUAAAGGCGGCUGAUCGAAGCAUAAACGAAGUUGUUGAACGCCUUCAAAUACUAGUAUUACGUCAGCGGAUUCCUCAUUCAAUCUUGGGACUUCCAUUUGAAUGGGAGAUGGAAUGUAUGGAUCGGAAAAACAAAACCAAUCUGAAGUGCAACAUCAGAAAAAAGAAGAGAUCCGAAGAUUGUUACGAGUUAAGAAGGUCCCUUUCCGAAAUUAG